AUGCCCUCCCGCCCCACACUCUCCUUCCUCUCACACCUCCCCCUCAUACGGUCUCCUCCUCUCACAAGGACAGUAAAAAGAUGCUUCACCGCAACCCACCACCGCCAGACUGACAGGCCUCCCCCACCCCCCUCGCCUUCUACCUCCACCUCCACCACCCCCACAUCAAAGGACCUAGCCCAAAAGCUCACCGCCUCCCUCGCAAAUCUGACCCCAACCAGCCUACCGGAAGACUACAUAUCCGACCAAGACUUGCAGAGACUACAGUCUCGUUUCUUUCCGGGCGACAUAUACGCCCCGCACGACCUCUCGCAUGCGCAGCAGCGGUCGCGGCGCACCCGCCACAGCCCACGCUUCGACGUGUGUGAUUUGGUGGGGGUUAAUCCGGUUAAGGAGUAUAAGGUAUGCUUUCUCACAUUAUAUCUAUGCAUGCUUGCUAACGCAGGGGGGGGGGGACUAGAAUUUUUGUAUGUUGAGCGAAUACGUCACCGAGAUGGGGAGGAUUAAACAUUCCAACGAGACGGGCUUGAGGCCUGUUAAUCAGCGGAGGAUGGCGAAGGCUAUUCGUCGCGCUAUUGCCUUGGGUUUCAUGCCCGCUACCCAUAAACAUCCCGAGUAUUUGAUGCAUAUGGCAGAGAGGAGGGAGGGGAGGGGAGGAGGCCAAGGGGGAGGGUAUUAGAGUAGAGCCUAGAGUAUAGAUGGGCUCAAGGGGGGUGGGAAGGUUGACCUGAUUGUAUUUUUUUUCGUUAUUAUUGUACAUGUGGGAUCUAGAAGGGAAA